CGGAAACGUUAGAAAUCCUGUUUACGACUCACACAGUUAUAGCUCAACAAGAGAAAUCAAGAUGGGGUUGGAUUGUGGAGGCAGAAUGGGGCAGAUCAUUUUGGUUGGCAUCAACAUAAUUUUUAUGUUGAUGGGCCUCGGUCUCUUCGUCCCAGGGAUCGCAUUACAGACGAACUUUGAUUUUGUCACGAACGAAAUAAAACCUGUUUUAGACGAAAUCAAAGUCACGGGAGUGGGUCUCGGAUCCGUUAUUCAGAAUCUCGGGAUCGGAUUCAUCAUACUGGGCCUGUUUGUGUUCCUGGUGGCCACCUUAGGGCUACUGGGAGCUUGUUGCAAAAGCAAGUGUAUUCUGACUAUCUACGCCAUUAUCGUGCUGCUGUUGCUGCUGGCUCAAGUCACCGUUGUCAUUCUUUGGUUCACCAUGCAGAAUACGCUUAACUCUACUGUAAAGGAGGAGCUGUCGACUGUGUUAAGGAACACUUACAAUGAGGACAGCCUCAACGGAACUAGCCAACAGAGUAACGGAUGGAACUUCCUUUUUCUGACGCUAAAAUGUUGUGGUGUGAACGCAGUAACAGCCCAAACAGCAGGGGAUUUCGCCAAUACUCCUAACUGGAGUGAUAAAAUGCCAGGCCAGCUCAUCCCCACGUCUUGUUGUAAGGAAACCACAGCUGCCACCUACACUGCAUCAACUGACUGUACAAACAACGUGGCCAAUGGAACAUUCUAUGAGCAGGGAUGUUAUGACGCGAUGAUUGCCAAGUUUGAUACGUCCAGAUAUAGCAGUAUUUUGCUAGGUACUGGAAUAACGGUUCUCAUCAUAGAGCUUGUAGCUAUCAUCGCAUCAAUUUUGAUGUGCAGAGGAAAGUUUGGGGAAGGCAAUUUAGUCUAAAUUGAUCAUGUAAUUGCCAUCAUUGCUGCUAUCUGUAUUUGCCGAGGCGUUGAAGACGAUUAAAAAAACUUCCAAUGAAAUCAGCUCCAGCAUUAUAACUUACGACGUUACAUACCCACUUCAAUAACACAGAUUUACUUGAUAUUUUACUAGAACAGCAUACAAAGUGUUCUCUUAUUUAUCAAAGAUAAACAAGUAAAUGCACAAAUAAUUAAAUGAUUCUCUGAGAAAUAUUCUUUACUUGAACGUAUUGGAACGUAUUGGAU